AUGCGUCUCGGGAUCGAUGCCGAGGCGAUGGGGGAGAUACGUCGCGCGAACGCGGCGCACGCGCGGCGGAUGGCGGAAGAUUCGGCGCGGGAAGAAAAUUCAGACGAUUCGGACGACGGCGCGCGCGCGUCGCGCUCGAUCGCGUCGUUCGAACGCGCGUUCGAGCGAUGGAGGAAGAACCCGCGGUCGCUGUUAGUGUUCGCGCCGAACAGUGGGUUUCGAGAGGGGUGUCGGAAGGUUGUCGAGAGCUCGGCGUUCGAGACGGCGAUCGCCGGGUGCAUCGUCGCGUCGAGCGUCGCGGUCGCCGUGGUGAAACCCAAGCGCGAUGGAACGAGUGAAGAGAUGUGGUUGACGAUUAUGGGGUACGUCUUGACGGCGGUUUUCGGUCUGGAGGCGAUUUUGAAGAUUAUCGCGCGCGGGUUCGCGUUCGGCGAGGAGACGUAUCUCUCGGCGCGGUGGAAUCAAUUCGACUUUUUCUUGGUCACGGUGAGCUUGAUUUUGUUGCCCAUCGGUGGAAACUCUGUGAUGGUGUUUCGUCUGUUACGAGCGCUGCACGUGUUUAAGAUUUUUAAUCGGUACCGGAGCGCGCGGUUGGUGAUGCGGACAAUCUUCCGAGCGCUCCCGCUGUUGGGGGACGUGUGUUUGUUCUUGCUCUGGUUCGUGAUAUUCUUCGCCGUGAGCGGGGUGACGGUGUUCGGUGGACGACUCACGGGUAGAUUAUACGGGACGCCGCCAGCGCAGGAGGGGAACGCGUCGUACGCGUUGCCGACGGGCACCGGGAAGGAGGUGUGCGCCAAGCUCGUCGCGGAGUGGUUGGGGAACGAGUCGUUAGGUGCCGCGGGGACGUAUCCAGACGCGUACAACAGUACGUGUAAUUUCGCGUCGUGGAACACGAAUCAAAGCGUCGAGGAGUAUUGCUGCGACUCGGGGGUAGCUCCGUAUGAUGGAUUUUUAGACUUCGAUGACGCGUUCAGAAGCGCCAUCGUGACGCUCAACGGAAUGACGAUCGACGGUUGGAACGAGCUUUUAAAUCCUGCGGCGUACGGUGUAGGCUUCGUGAACGCGUUCAUUUGGUUCAUAGCGGUCGUCAUUGUCGGGGGGUUUUUUAUGAUGGAGCUCUUCACCUCGGUGAUCUGCGCGACGCUGCAGAGCAUCGUUGACGACGACAGCCAGGAAGAGAAAGAAGGGGAAGAAGAAGAAGAAGAAGAAGAAAAAGAAAAAGAAGAAGAAGAAGAAGAAAAAGAAGAAGAAGAAGAAGAAGAAGAAAAAGAAGAAGAAGGAAAUAAGGUGAAGGAUAGUUGGAACGCACUGCGCGAGCGGUGCUUCAUCGCGUGCAAGAGUGACAGGUUUAACAACGUCGUCACUGGCGUAAUCAUGCUCAACACGUUACUGAUGAUGGCGCAGCACGCAAACGCUAGUUCGACGUUUACGAGCACGUCUAAUAUCCUUGAGUACACUUUCCUCGCUGUUUUUGGGAUGGAGAUGAUAUUCAAACAUAUGGCUUAUGGUUUCAUCGAUUAUUGGAGAUCAAAAGAGAACGCGCUGGACGGUGUUAUCGUCGUCACCGGAGUCUUCAGCUCAGCCAUGACGAGUCAGGGAGUAAGCGUGUCCUUCUUGCGUCUUUUGCGCGUCGGCAGAGCUUUUAGAACGUUUCGCGUAAUCAGACGAAACAGAGAGUUCCGCAGAAUCAUCUCGAGUUCGGUGUUGGGCUUCCAAGACAUGUGGCCCUUCUUGGUUGUCUGGAUGCUAUUUUCAGUCAUCUUUGCCAUCUUUGGGUUUCAACUAUUCUCCGGGUUGGGGACGCUAGAUGAGGAGCGCCUGACGUUCAAAACGUUCCUGAGAAGCACGUUGACGUUGUUCGUGAUCUCCUCUGGCGAAGACUCUUUCACCGUAGCAUGGAGCACCAUGGUGGCAUACGGAAACAAUUUCAUCGUCUUCUACACGAUCGGUUGGAUUCUGAUUUCGACUGUCAUUCUUUCGCUCGUUCUUGGUAUCUUAAUCGAUUCAUGCGCGCUAGUAGAAAUGGAAGAUGAUCACGCAGAAGCGGAAGAGCGAGUAAAGGAGAAGAAGGAAAAAUUGGACGAAGCGGUGGAGCGCGCAUCGCACAUAGAGCUCGCAUCCGAGAACGCACUGAAGCGCAAGGUGCAAAAUUUUACCUUCGCCUUGACUGCGCUCGAAAGCACCGGGGCACUGAGCAACAAAUCCAUGUCCGAAGAUGAAUUUCUAGGAAAGGCUUUUUCAUCAGUCGUGCCGAAAGAGCUUGGCGGAAAACUCAAGAACGAACCACUCAAGGUUUCCACGUCAACCUCUUUGGCGGAAGGACUGAAAUUGAAAGAUAAUGCGGGAAAGAUUGCGCAAGUAAAUGCUGCUCGGAAGAGAAAAGA